GAUAAUGUGAAGAGCGCAGAGUGCUGCUGUUACUACUUUUGGUGUUUAUGUUCACUGCCUUGGCGACGCGUGCAGCUGUGCGUGAUUAUUAGAGGUUCAGAUGUCUAGAUGUGCUUAGAAUGAUAUGGUGAUUAUGGGUGUUGCCUCAACCAGGAAAUGUAGAAAGGAUGUCAAAGGUGAAAAUAACAGUUUCCGUCGCCCCAUUCACGUUGCACAUUCAGUGAAUGAAACUGAUGUGCAUGACCCGGUAUCCAAGGUUAACGGGUUGACUGCAAGUGAACUCAAGCAAGCCGGCCAGUAUUAAGACUGAUAGGAGGUAUCAGCGUGGGAGAUGCCGCCGCGAUAACGUUAAAUCAAAUAGUUUUGUUGAUACUGUAUACCAGAGGGUUUCAGAAUGGCGGCUCGCCUCAGCAAAGGAAGUUCUGUCAGCGACGAAGAGUUCUACGACAGCGUUGACUUCAUUCCGGAGACUCACACACGAACCGAAACGCACGGGCCAAGGGACGUUGUCGACGACCUGGAUAACGCGGUGUUCCUGGAAGGGGAAGGGGCGAGCACAGAGAAGGGGGCUGAAGAGGUCGUGGACUGCGCCAUGCACCCCGCGGCCGACGCAGGUAGGGUCGCCACGGAAAACGACGGGUUGGAAGCUGGCAAGGCAGUAGGGCAACCAGAGUACACAAAUCUGGCGGCACUAGAAACGAAGAACAAUAAUAAGAAUAAAGAUAUAAAAGAAAAGAAGAAAAAGAAGAAAGGGAACGCUCAAGACAGGGCGAAUAAAUUAAAUAACAAUGCGAAAGAAAACUCGGCUGCUUCCGAAACCUUAGCCUCGGCUUCAGCUUCGGACCCAACUUCACAUCCUCCAUCGAAGAAAAUGACCAAGAAAAACUCGAUGCUGAAAUGGUCGGCGGCGGCGCGGGAGGUCAUAAACACCGCGAUGUCACAGGACGACGCUGACCACAACAGGAGAUCGUCGAGCGGGUCGAGCACAUCAAGCGUGGAGAGGAAGAUAUCUGGCUCGGCCAUCCUCGAGGACAUCGCGCAGGGUAACUUGGCAAGUUGGGACGCCGAGACUUGCGUGGCACUUCUGCGCAUGCCCACCGUGUCCAACUACUCCGGCCUCAAGAAGCUCAUGGAAGUGGCGGGCGAGGACUGGCUGGAGGACUUCCUCAACCUGGACGGCCUCGGUGUCCUGUUCGAGUCCCUGGAGAGGCUUAGCGACCGCGGGUUCAGCUCCAUCGCCGACGCCAUCCUCCAGCUAGAGUGCGUGCUGUGCGUUAAGACUGUGAUGAACUCCACCUCGGGCCUCGAGUACAUUAUCAACAACGACGACUACACCAGGAAGCUCGCCAAGUCGCUGGACUCUAGAAAUAUGCUAGUUAAGAAACAAGUGUUCGAACUGCUCUCCGCGCUCUCCGUCUACAGCGAGAAAGGACACGCACUUGCUCUCGACGCCCUAAACAACUAUAAGGUGUUCAAGAACCAGCGCUACAGAUUCCGACUGGUGGUGGAGGAGCUGGCAAGUGCUGAGGUGAUGGACUACCAGGCGACGCUCCUCGCCUUCGUCAAUUGCAUCGUGUUGGGCGUCGGCAGCCUACAGGGCCGUGUUGCCAUCAGGAACGAGUUCAUCGGCCUGGACUUCCUGAAGGUCCUAGAAGACAUCAAGCGAAUAGACGACGAGCAGCUGAGCAUCCAGGUGGCGGCCUUCGAGGACAACCACCUUGAGGACCUCGAGCUGCUCUACGGCCCUGAAGGCCAGCUCAGCCUCAACCACCACGACGCAUUCAACAACCUCUUCACCAAGGUCCGCGACUCGCCACACUCGCUACACUUGCUCUCCCUCCUUCACAACCUCCUGCAGCUGGACCCGGAGGAUGAAAGCAGCGAUGCUGUCUGGGCACUGCUGGACCGCGUUGGCGUUCGGGCAGUGGAUGGCACCCUGACGCCUACAUGGGCGGAGAGUGUGGCACCUUCCCACGACUUCACCAGAAGUGUUGGCACCCAAACCAUCAAACGGCGCCUUUUUCGAUCUGGGGACGACAAGAACGUUCCAGAAGGAUUUGAGGAGCGCCCUUUCCCGUCCUCCAGCCUCCCGCCCGCGCCCGACCAUCCGCCGCCCGCACCCCCGUCGGCAUGCACGGCCACAGAUGGCUCUCCCAAGUCAGUGGAGCCCACUGACGCCCCCUGCAUAGAGUCCCUAAGUGAGAGGAGAGACGUGGAGACGGUGGAGGCCAACAGAGAGUCAAACCGAGCACCUCCUGCUCCUCCUCCGCCGCCUCCCCCACCACUUCCUUCUGGCAUUGGGGGUCUUCCGUCUCCUCCUCCCCCUCCUCCUCCUCCUCCACCACUUCCAGGCUUUGGCGGCCCUCCGCCACCUCCACCUCUCCCAGGCUUUGGCGGCCCUCCACCUCCUCCACCUCUCCCAGGCUUUGGAGUCCCUCCACCUCCUCCUCUCCCAGGCUUUGGCGGCCCUCCACCUCCUCCACCUCUCCCAGGCUUUGGCGGCCCUCCGCCUCCUCCACCUCUCCCAGGCUUUGGCGGCCCUCCGCCUCCUCCACCUUUCCCUGGGAUGGGUGGUCCACCACCUCCGCCACCUCUCCCUGGUAUGGGUGGUCCACCACCUCCUCCACCUCUCCCUGGGAUGGGUGGUCCACCACCUCCGCCACCUCUCCCUGGUAUGGGAGGUCCACCACCUCCUCCACCUCCCCCUGGGAUGGGUGGCCCUCCCCCUCCUCCUCUGCCAGGCGCUGGUCACCCAGCCCUCAUCACGGCGACGUCACUGCCAAGGUAUUAUUCAGCGGCGCGGACCACGCCCUCUUUCUACAACACGCUGCCGCGUCCCACGCAGAAGAUGAAGCACCUCAACUGGGCCAAGGUGAACGGCAACGUGCUAAACAAUUCCAUGUGGCAGGACGUCCACAAGGACCUCCAGGCGUCGCCGCCGAAAGCGCUCAAUUUCUCUCAGAUCGAAGAACUCUUCUGCCAGGCGUCGAAGACUCCAGUUCAGAAGACCGAGAAGAAGAAAUCGACGGAGAUCACUUUACUAGACCCGAAGAGGUCUCUCAACGUGAACAUCUUCAUGAAGCAGUUCAAGCAGUCUCACGCCGAGGUUGCGGCGCUCAUCCGGGACUGCAAGAGUACGGACAUCGGGACGGAAAGACUGCGAGGAUUCUUGAGAAUUCUGCCGGAGGACGAGGAGGUUAGCAUGAUCAAAGAUUUUAAUGGGGACGUAGAGAAGCUUGGCAAUGCAGAGCGCUUCUACUGGGAGUUGAUCAAAGUACCUCACUACCAGGUGCGCCUUCAGGGAAUGAUCCAGAUGGAGGAAGUGAAGCCGGCAGUGGACGAACUGAAGCCUCAGAUCUCGAUGAUAUUGAAGGUCUCAGAUCAGGUUUUGAACAGCGAGAGCAUCAAAGAAUUCUUUGCUUAUAUCCUCACUGUCGGCAACUUCAUUAACAUGGGCAGCUACGCGGGCAACGCUCUUGGCUUCCGUCUCAACACCGUGUCCAAGCUGUGGGAGACGCGAGGCAACCGACCCGGUAUGACGCUGAUGCAUUACCUGGUCCAGUCCGCCCAGGACGAAGACCUAGAGAUUCUGGACUUUACCGAGACGUUGGGCGACCUCAGUAAGGUUGCUAGAUUGUCCGUGGACGGCCUAACGGGGGAGGUAACGACGCUGCGAGGAGACUACACACACCUCUGCAAAAGCCUCGAGAACGCGCCGGACGAUGUCAAGGACCGUUUCAAAGACUUUGUAGCCACUUCUGACGGAUUGCUGAAGGAUCUCGAGCAAAGUCUGAAGGAAGUGGAGCGCUCGCGAGUGAAGCUGGCGCAGUACUUCUGUGAAGACGAGUCUAAGUUCAAGAUCGGGGAGUGCAUUGGCAUCUUCAACACCCUUUGCCUGAAAAUAGCAGAUGCAAGAAAGGACAACGAGGCGAGGAAGAAGCGAGAGGAGCGGAAGCGACGCAUGGAGGCCGAGCGGAAGCGCGUGGAGGAGGAGCGGGCCAAGGCGGAGGCGGCGGGCGUCACCCUCAGGAAGAAGGGCGCGCCUCUACCGCCCCCCUCCGACUCAGGCGGAUGUGUAAUCGACCGCCUGCUGGCAGACAUUAGGAAGGGAGACUUCAAGCUGAGGAAGAACCCCGUGUCAACAGCCCCGGCGGUUACGGGCUGAGAUCGCCAGGAAACUUCAGUGGUUAAAAGUGUCUUUCCGAAAGGACUCGUCGAAAGGGGCGGAUCUAUUCGAGAAUGCAGUCAAGCAUUACAAUGGAAUUUGCAGUUCUAAGACUUUGCAUAAAGAGAGAAACUGAAAGUCCAAACAAAAAAAAUUGCCGGUGAGGAAGGUGGUGCGGACCCACUGUAAAUUUAAGGAAGGAAAGAGGAUGGAAGAGUGGAAUUUAUCUGAAUGUAGUUGAAAUUUGAAAGUAAUAAGAUAUGAGAUAAUGAUAUACGAGAGUUAAAUAAGGUUUAUCUUGUAUAUCUUGCCACAGUGUUAACAGUGAAGACACUUUCCGGCUUGAAAUUUGUAAAAAAAAUAUAUAUAUAUAUUAUCUUGUGGCAGACCCCUUGACACCCCAGAUGUUAUACAUUCCUGAGACACCAGGCGAAAAAUAUGAACUUUAAAAAUGCGUACUUACGCUGCAGUGGCUGCACGCAUUGGUUGCCUUCUCUGCUGAAUUUAGGUCUUUCAGGUGCUAUUGUUAUUACAUGUGUUUUGUGUUAUUUUGUAUAGUAAUAUGUUUUACUAAUAAUCGUUGUUUGACUUUGCUUCCAGUAACAGGAAGAUAUAAAUUAUUCCAGAGAUUCUUACAUGGAGCUUAUUUGUACGCUUAUAAAAGUGCCUUUACAAUAUUUAAAUACAUGGUGAUAUCGCUAAAUGUCUCUUAUCUUUGUGAAAGGAGCAAAUUGAAUAUAUAUGUUUCCUAUCUAAGCGAUUUACUGUAACCCUUAUUUAAUGCAACAAUCUUUUCCAAUAACUAUAAUGCAUUAAACCAGUUUUAAUACGAAUAUAACGUCGUUCUCAUAAUUAAGACAUGGUCCUUCACAAUCAUAGGCGGCGGAGCAAGUCUAUGACUGAGGGGGCGAAUGUGAAAAUGCAUAGUUUGAUGAUCUUUUAGACAAAAAGCGCCUUUCACACAACAACAUGCAUGACACAGUUCUCACAUAAUGAUAUACUUAGCACAUCAGUGUAUUCAGUUCUGCGUUAAAUAAAUAAUACCCAGAAGUAAUAUAUCCAUAUGGCUUCCACAAUGUAUGAGUGUUAACUGUGUUUUGUUGUGGUGGGGUGGGGAGGGGGCGAUUUGCUUAAAAAAUAGAUUACAUGUCCAUCCGCUAGUUAGGCGUUCAAGAGCCCAGGAAAGUCUUUCCUUUAUUACAUUAUACUCCACUAUACCUAUGAAAUAAUUUUAAUAAAUCAAGUUCAUGUCUACUGUAAGAGUGAUACCCAUUCUGGUAAAAUGACAUAAAAUAUAAUUAUAGUAUAUUUUUAUUAGUCUGUGUGAACGUGUAAGCACAAUUUUUUCAGCAAUUUCAGGGGCGGGGGGGACGAGUGUAUACUCUCGCCCCUCCAGUUUUCAUUCUGGGGGGCACUCGCCCGUCUCCCCCCCCCCCCCCCCCGCUUCCGCCGCCUAUGUUCACAAUAACGAGGGAGAGAGAGAUUUCUUAAUACGUUCCACCAACAAACGGCAAAACACAGUCCCUCUGAACCGUGAUGUUAGGUGGAAGGAGCCCUGGAAGAACAUUGUUUUCGUGGUUCGUUCGUUCGUUGUUUUCUAUGGUUCGUGUCAACAUGUAGAAGAUAUAGUAAGAUUAUCAAUUUCUAAGAAUUAUCACUGUUGUAUCACGAAUAAGAAUUGGAAAACAAGGCAUAACCUUGAUAAAUACAAUUUCGUAAUUAAAUCGACCUUACUUCCUUAUGGAUAAUGUUAAAUCACCGUUUGCUUUCUAUCAUACAAAGGCAUUACAUAUGUCUUUUAUUGUUAUUACGAUUUGAAAGGCUCACUUUUAUUGUUAUAUAUUGUUAUAUUCAACAGUUCUUAUGUUGAGGAAAAGUUACACCUAAUUAGCAUGUGAUAUUCCAAGAAACAAUGAAGUCAUUUUACUCGAAUAGCUUGCGGUUUAUGAACGAUACAAUAUACAAAGAACAAGUAAUAUGUUUUGGCAAUGCCAUAGGGAAUAUUUUAUAUUUAACCUUAGAAUUAAUAAACACCAGGAAAUUG